CUUUUGUGUGACCUCAAGCGUCCGCGCGUUUUUUAGGCCUGAAAUGCUCAAGUCGUUUUUUAAGAAGUUUAUAUCAGCUGACGAGUCUGCGAAAAAGAGCUUCUCCACUACAAUAGAAAGGAAUGUUAACCCAACAGAUAUAUGGGAAAUUAUUUCGGAGCUUGGAGAUGGGGCAUUCGGCAAAGUGUACAAGACUCAUAAGCGUAAUACUGACUUAUUUGCUGCACUUAAACGGGUUGAUUUUGAAUCUGAGGAUGAACUUGAAGAUUUUAUGUUGGAAAUAGACAUCCUUACUAACUUCAAGCAUAAGAACAUACUUACUUUGCACGAAGUUUACAUAUAUGAAAGCAAAUUGUGGAUUUAUCUGGAACUAUGUGGUGGCGGAGCUUUGGACUCUAUUAUGGAGACUCUUGAAAAGCCUUUGACUGAGCCUCAGAUCAGAUUUGUCUCCAGAGAAGUCCUUCAGGGUCUUGAAUUCCUUCAUGAGAAGCUAAUAAUCCACCGAGACAUGAAAGCUGGAAACAUCCUACUCACUCUUAAUAACGAGGUUAAACUUGCUGAUUUUGGAGUUUCUGCCAAGUUAACGGAUGAAAAGCAAAAGCGAUCGACAUUCAUCGGGACACCUUACUGGAUGGCACCAGAAGUUAUCAAUUGUGAAACUUUUAAAGAUGCUCCUUAUAACUGGAAAGCAGAUAUAUGGUCUUUUGGUAUAACUCUAAUUGAACUUGCUCAAAAGAGACCACCUCAUAACGCUACUAAUCCAACACGUGUUUUGUUGAGAAUUCUGAAGUCUGACCCACCAACUUUAUCUAGACCACAAUUAUGGUCUUCAAAAUUCAAAGCGUUCUUGGAGCGUACUCUACAAAAAGAUCCAAAUCAAAGACCCGAGUGUAGAGAUCUUCUCUUGGAUCCAUUUGUUUCUGAUGUGACGGAAAAUGAUCGUAAAGUAAUUCAAAUACUAUUAUGUGAAGUCAAUGCAGAUAUUAUUGAAACAGUUGAAGAUUUCGAUCCAAAUGAGCCUAUUGAUGAAAUUGACGAUAAUGAUUUGAAUCCACUUAUACUGUCAGAUUCUAAUUAAUUAU